AAAGCGAGUGUGUACAGAAAUCACCCGAAAGGCAUACGGAUAUAUAACUGGGUUUAGUGCGUAGAUUUGAUCGAGGGCGCGGUCUUCUGUGGACGGACGCUUUGGACAUCCAAGAUUCUUGGCUAAAGUGAAAGCACUCAAAGACAGAAUAUGAAGUGUCUUAAAAUAUUGUCUAUAACCAUCGCGCUGUUGAUAGCGCACAGCUCUGCUAUUAUAAGAAUUCCCCUCCACAAGACGCGCAGUAUGCGCCGCCUGAUGAGUGACAAUGGGAUGAGUUUUGAACAACUCCAGGACAUGGCCAAGACCGUUGGUGUUGCAGGAGCUGUCACACCACCAUCCGUACCAGCAACCACUCAGAGUCCGAAAGUGCCAGUUGAGAGACUCACCAACUUCAUGGAUGCUCAGUACUAUGGGGUGAUCAGCAUAGGCACACCACCCCAGGACUUUACCGUGCUGUUUGACACCGGCUCCUCCAACCUGUGGGUGCCCUCCAUUCACUGCUCCUUCCUGGAUAUUGCAUGCUGGCUCCACCAUCGUUAUAACUCCAAGAAGUCGAGCACGUACGUUCAGAAUGGCACAAAGUUCUCCAUCCAGUAUGGCAGAGGCAGUUUGUCUGGGUUCAUCAGUGGGGACACUGUCUCAUUGGCUGGCAUGCAGGUUGCUGGUCAACAGUUUGGUGAGGCCGUGAAGCAACCUGGCAUCACGUUUGCAGUGGCACGCUUUGACGGAGUGCUGGGCAUGGGCUACCCGUCCAUAUCUGUCGACAAGAUAACCCCUGUGUUUGACACUGCCAUGGCUGCCAAACUGUUGCCUCAGAACAUAUUUUCCUUCUAUAUUAGCAGAGAUCCAUUAGCUGCUGUAGGAGGAGAGCUGAUGCUGGGAGGCAUAGACCCACUGCACUACACUGGAGACCUGCACUAUGUCAACGUCACACGCAAGGCCUAUUGGCAGAUCGAGAUGAGCAGUGUUGAAGUGGGCAACCAACUGACUCUGUGCAAGGGCGGUUGCCAGGCGAUUGUUGACACGGGAACAUCCCUCAUCACCGGGCCUGUGGAGGAGGUCCGGGCGCUGCACAAAGCCAUCGGAGCCUUGCCUCUACUGAUGGGAGAGUAUUGGAUUGACUGCAAGAAGGUUCCAUCUCUCCCCGUCAUCGCAUUCAACCUGGGAGGGAAGAUGUUCAACUUGACUGGAGCCGACUAUAUCCUGAAGGAGUCCCAGAUGGGUCAGAAAAUCUGUCUGUCAGGCUUCAUGGCCAUGGACAUCCCUCCUCCGGCUGGACCGCUGUGGAUCCUGGGAGAUGUGUUCAUUGGACGCUACUACAGCGUGUUUGACAGAGACUCAGACCGCGUGGGGUUCGCCCCUGCCAAGUAGAGGGGAGAAACAACAGAAACUACACCCCAUAGCCACUUGUGGAGAGGAUGUGAUGGGUAUAAGCAAUAUAGUGGUCCUACCAAACCAAGGUCAACCUAUCAAAUCCCCACAGGAAAAGCACACCACCAAAAUGAACAAAACCCCCAAAAAGAAACUCAGAAGGGGCGCCUUUGCUUGGUUCCUUGUCUUUGCCUGUUUUGCUUCUUGUGACUUUUUGGGGGGCUGUGUUUUUAAAAUUGUAUUUUAAGACUAAGUGUUCCCAUGUGAGUUUGGUGAAUAAUUAAUAAGUAGUUGCAGAUCGAAAUUGUGAUAUGAGCUGCUGUAGGCAGUUCAGCUUGGUGUUUUGUACGACGACAAAGUGAUACUGCAUCUCUUUUCUGCACUGUUGUAUCUCCUUUCUGACAACGCAACUUUUUUUUUUUUUUUGCAAAGCAGAUUACUGAAUGCAUAUCUUUACUGAAAAUACAUGUCCUUUGUAGAUGAAGCAGAAAACCAGGCCAGGUCGCCUGGUCAGUUGUAAAUGAGAACUUGUUCUCAACUGGCUUACCUGGUUAAAUAAAAAAAUAAAGACUGAAUGCAUAUCAAUGUAAAUUAAACUCAGGUUGAUUUAACAAAAACAAUGAUGUCCAGUGAGUAACUACGUACCAAGGGACAGUAAUUGUAUCAAGGGUUAUGAACAACGUUUGUGAUAUGUGUACAAGCUCUUAUUGUACGUCCCUUAAACACCCUUAAAGAGUUAAGUGCCCUCAAAGAAGCUAUACAAGUGUGUUAAGUACAGGGAAGGAAAUUGACCCAACUAAACGUCACAACCCCACCCUUUCAUGUUUAACUCUUACAGGUGUAGGGAUUGAAUUUAAGGAUUUUAGGCACUGGUCAGCUGGGCUAGUAGACCAGAUUUACUAGCCGGUUUUAAUCUAUGCCAUGCAAUUUUUGACUAGACAAAAUGUCACUUGCCGACUAGUUGAGAACAUGUUCGACUAGCUUGGUCUGAAAAGUACUAGCCUCGGGCUAGCUUAAUUUCCAUCUCUGCCAGCAGCCAGCUACCUGUUGCUGCACCUGCUGCUGUAUCCUACCCAAAGAUUAUUUUCCCUACAAGCCACAUGAUUUGAAAUUACUUACUCAUUUUAAUUGACACAGAAAAACAACCACGAGAAACAUCUGCCGCAACAUUUAUUAUCGGAGUAUACAGUGCUGUGUACCAUUCAGUUCCAAAGGUAGAGGUAGUUGUCUACUUUGGGCUGCAUAAAAGAUGUAACAAACUUGCGUGGCAAAAUGACCCCAACAUAAAUGUUUGUAGCUUAAGUCAGGUCUGCAAACAGACAAAUCUGCACACAAAAAUAUAUAUUUAUAGGAAGUCCCAUCAUGGAUUGAGCCAUUAAUAUCAGUACAUCCAGAAUGAAGCACUUCUUCAGAACACAACGUGUGUUUGUGGUGGUAGAAUUGCAAACAUAAAUACUCUGCUUUUUUGGUUACAAAUGUAUAUUAAAUAAAUACUAAAAUACUAAACUGUC